AUGAAGAAACCGCGUACGGAGUGGUCUUCGGCUCCUAGCGUGCGGUCUGAGGUUUCGGUCCGCUAUCACCACCCUGUGCCCUCUAUAGAGCCUCCUUUCCCUGCAGUCGAGGCCUUCACUCACAGCGGGGAUACGUCUCGACAUGCUCUUUCAUCAUCGCUUCUCAAUGCACAAAAUGUAGAGAAUCUGCAGUCCACACAUUCAGACCGUCCCAUGCGGGACCGACCGUCUAUCUUGAACAGCGAUCACAUCUUGGGAGGUUCGCCGUCCACCAGCCUCCAGAAGCCUUCGCCCACUUUGGUCCUGCCGGACAAUCAGUGCUUGACGGUCAAUGGUAUCCCAGCUACAACCCCAACGCAUGGCUAUUUUCCACCUCGAGAAUUACCUCUUCAUCCACGAACCCAGACAGAUCAACAUGCAACAAGGCGCACUGCAAUCGAUCGCGCGGCUCCCAUUCAUCGGAUCCCUCCUCUGGGCCCUUUUCUCAACACAGGCAACAUGACCACGAGCAAUACGAAUGAGUACAACGAUAUCGAUACAGAAAUGAGCGACUGUCUACCAACAGCUUCAACUCAUCCAAUGGUGAGUUCAUGUACGGACUCUCUACGGGAUCACCAACUCACGGCUACUGAGAUUCAUCCCGUUUCUGUGUCCACAACUACCGUUCCACGCCGACGGUCUCCGCUCGUCAUGGGCUAUCGGUCAAGUUGCGAAAAGUGCCGCUGCCAUGUGCCUGGACACUACAGUCAUGUCUAUCGAGACUGA